AUGCAACCGAUUGCGCCGUACAACACGUUCAACGCGCAGCCACCGCAGCCUUUCCCCACGGAUAUCCUCCACAAGGCUAUCAAAUGCAAGUCUAUCCUCCACAAGCCUAUCCACCGCAAGUCUAUCCUCAACAAGCCUAUCCACCGCAAGGGUAUGCUGCACCAGGGUAUGCUCCACAAGGCAACGUCCAACAGGGAUAUUAUCCUCAAGGACAUGGCCAACAAGGGUAUGUACAGCCAGGAUAUCAACCACUGCAAACCAUACCGCAAGGAUAUGGCCAACCAUAUCCAAGCCAAGGCCCAAUGGCAACACAUCCAAGCGCAUCCUAUGUUCAAGGGCUGGAUUUUCCUGCCCCACAACAACCGUAUGCGCAACUAUAUGCCGCUGCUCCUGUGA